AUGAUCAAACUUGGGUUUCCUUCACUCUCUACAUCUAUCGGACAAAUACCAAUCGAAGAAGCUGCAAAUAUUGCUUGUGAAGUUAUAAAAGAAUUUUUAAAUUCUCAUAAAAAUGAUUUAGACUUUCAAUUGAUCCUAAUCGACCAAGAUGAUCAAAAUUUAAAUGUUUUUGAAUCGGAAUGGGAGAAAUUUAGAGACAGUGAAGAAUCAAGAUUUCAAAUGAAACUUGGAAAUUUUGCUGAAAUAAUAAUUGAAAAUAAGAUAGGGUUAAAACCAGAUACGACACCUUUGAGUAAAAGUUUAUACGAAGCUAUAGGGUCAAAAUUAUUUGAAGAGAUAAAACGAUUAUAUCCAAAGCCGGGAGCAAUCGGUGAAGCAUACCCCGUACCUAUACCUCCAGACAAUGAAUUUUGGAAAAAAGGUGUAAAACAGAUCAUAUAUAUAAUUUCUCCUAAUAUGAACCCUUCUCGACCAGACCCAGUCUCUCUCGAAGUUGCCAAAAAUGCCCUUAAAGAAUCGUACCAAUCGAUGUUGAACGCCUUUUGGGCAUUAAAAAAUGGUCAACAAUAUAUUCCAAAAGAACAACAAUCACAGGAGAAAUCUGCUUUUGAUGUGAUGAUGGAUUUUGCGCGUAACACUUUUUCAACGUCCAAGCCUAAAAAAAAAUCGUCAUCAACGCAUAUAGGAUCCUGGUCAACCGUACUCUUACCGUACUGCGAGCACCCAGAGACUUUUUCCAACAGAGAAGUAUAUUCUUAUGAUGACAAUGUUGUCAUUAUUUGGGAUAAAUAUCCAAAAGCAAAAAUACACCUUUUAGUAAUGCCAAGACAGAAAAUUGAUACUCUUCAAGAAUUAGAAAAACAAGAUCUAAACUUGAUUGAAAUUUUGAAACAAAAAGGGCAACAGGUUAUCGAUCAUUUUAAAGAAAAUGAUCCGAAAUUGGUGUUCCGUAUGGGUUUUCAUGUGCUUCCUAGUUUAAGACAACUUCAUAUGCAUGUGAUAUCGCAAGAUUUUAUUUCUGAGACAUUAUCGAGUAAAAAACAUUGGAAUUCAUUUACAACCUCGUUCUUUAAGGAUAUUGAAGAAAUAGAAAUGUUGCUGAAAGAAAAAGGACAAAUUAAGGUUUGUUUAGGAAAAUAUUUACUUUCUUUACUAAAAUCACCCUUGAAUUGCCAUUUAUGCAAUACGAAAGAAAUUAAAAAUAUUCCAACACUAAAGAAACAUUUAGAGGAACAUUUGAACAGUGAUGGACAAUGA